CUCGCCGUCUAUUCUAAAAAAAAUAAAAAAUAAUCCUCGCCUCGUCGUCGUCCUCCCGCGAACCGCCGCAGCCAUGGCGCACCUCCCGCCGCUUCAGCCGACGCAGCCCGCGAGCCUCAAUCUGCGGGGCGCAGACGCCGCCGCCGAACCCCGCGCGCCCAAGCUCCACCGCCCCCUGGAGCCUCCGCGUCCGGCCGCGCAGGGGGGCCUCCACCGGCAUGUGUCCCUCUAUCCCGCCAGCAGGCGCCAGGAGCCGAAUCCGCCGACGAGCAGCAGGAGCCGAGGAGGGAGGUCGCCGCCGCCGAGCAGUCGAAACCGGUCACAGGCGCCACCGUCUGAAGUUUGGCCUCGAUCAAGGUCGCCGCCGUCCACAUCGAUCACCGAGCGCCUGGCGGAGCCGCAGCACGCCAAGCGGCCACGCCGAGGCGAGCCGCACGCGGCCGAGGCUGCCGUGGAUGGUCGGGAUGAAGGGGAGAAGGCGGCGUCAAUGUUGUCGUCGGCAGACGGGUCGUCCGUGGAGAAUCGGCCAAGCCACAGCCACUGCAAGCAGCCAGAAACUUCGUCAGCUGCAGUGGAGCAGAGACCUGAUCCUACAAUCCCGGGGGAUGAGCAGAAGUUGUGUACUGAGAAGAUGGAUGCAAAGGCCCACACUGAUCACAGGGUGGGUCCAUCCAGAAGUGCUCGUCGCAAAAAGAUGAAAAAACAGAUACGGGCAGAAUCUGAAAAGGAACUGAGGGAGGUAUGCAAUUCCUCCUGCUCCCCUCUGACGCCACCUCUUCCCUUGCUCCAGCUCAAGCUGCGGGGCGCAGACGCCGCCAUCGAAUUCUGCGCGUCCAAGCUGCACGCCCCCCUGGAGCCGCAGCAGCUGUCCGGGAGCCUCCACCGGCAUGUGUCUCUGUGCUCUGCCAGCAGGUGCCAGGAACCGAAUCCGCCGCCGUGCAGCAGGCACCGAGCAGAGAAGUCGCCGCCGCUGAAUUCCAAAGUUAGGCCUCGAGAAAGGUUGCCGCCGAUCACUCAGCUCCUAACGGAGCAGCAGCACGCCAAGCGGCCACGCCAAGGCGAGGCGGACGCAGCCGAGGCUGCCGUGGAAGGUAAGGAGGAAGGGGAGAAGGCGGUGUCAAUGUUAUCGUCAGUCGAUGGGUUGUCCGUGGAGAAUCGGCCAAGCUACAGAAACUGCAACAGCGAGCAGCCAGAAACUUUAUCAGCUGCAGUGGAGGAGAGACCUGAUCAUGCAAUCCCGGGGGAUGAGCAGAAGUUGGAUAGUGGGAGGAGGGAUGCAAAGACCCAGACUGAUCACAAGGAGGGUCCAUCCAGAAGUGCUCGUCGCAAAAAGAUGAAAAAACAGAUACGGGCAGAAUCUGAAAAGGAACUGAGGGAGAUGAAAAAGGAUAAGCUGUUAGAAAACAUUAAAAAGCUGCAAGCUUGCAUCUGGCUUCUUGAGAAGGAAGAUGCAGACACGGCUGAAAUCAUGGACUUCAGGAGUUUGCUUGAAUCAACGAAGAUGCAGUAUGUGCAGUAUGUGGAGAAUGAGACACAGUUGGCAAAGGAAGGAUCGAGUGCAUCACCUCAGGCGCUAAACAAGGAUAGACUCGAGAAAAUGCAUGUGGAAGCUCCUAUAGAGAAGGUUGAGGGAGAUGAGCAGAACAUGGAUUCUGGAAAGGCAGUGGGCAGUAGCCUGAAAGGUUGUCAGGCAGUCUUGAAACAAAACGAAUUAGUGGAGGAGGUGGAUCGUCUGAAGAGCGAACUUGAAGCAGUCAGGCAAGAUCGUGAGUAUCAAUUAGCUCAGGUACAGUCUUUGACGGCUGACAUAGCUAAGCAGAAAGAAGUUGCAAGAAGAUGUGGGGCUGAGCUAGAGAAUGCCAUGAGGAGAGUUGCUGCCCUCGAGGAAGGAGGCCUAUUGCAAAGGGAGACAAUCAGAACGUUGCAGAUUCAGCUUGCUUCUGCAAAUGAGAAACUAACGGGGCUGCCUUCUUCCUCCAAAGAUUGAUGCGAAGCCGAAGGUCUGACCGGAUUGGCAUGUGCUCCAGCAAUGGUGCGUAUAACACGAACACGAGAUAUCCUGAUGAUGCACAUAUUUGGUUGAUUUUACUACAACAGAAGAGCAGCAGCAGAACAGAAUAGUUUUGUACUGUUUUUUAUUUUAAUUUCUGUUCGCGGGGUUUACUUCUACUAAACCUAAAAGCUCGCUCGGGAAGGGAUGCGCCAUGUAUCUAGAUAGUUAGGAUAGCAGUCUGGCGAAACUAAUGGCGGCACGGUUAGGGUCUAUGAGAUGUAGCCGAUGCCGAUCGAAUGUGAUGUAACUAAGGCAUAAUAUAUCACAGCAAUUAUUUGUUUC